AUCAUCUAAAUGGCAGAUUCGCAAUCUUCUCUUCUUAUUUUCACCAUAUAAAAAAAUCAUAAUCAUUACUUUAAUUUGCUUCCAUAAUAAGAAAGAGAAAAUUUCUCUUCAAAUCAUGAAAAUCCCAUCUCGUAAUUUCCUAUAUAGAGAGAGAGAAGGCCAUGAACAUCAACUGCUAUUGCUACUUAAGGCCAUAGAAGAAGAACUCCAUUGUUGUUGGCUUUGAUAGGUAUUCGCAAGCUAAAAGAUAAAUGGGUCACAGUAGAAUUAAAAUGGAAUUAAUAAGGAAGGAGAGCACUCGGAUGAACACCUUUCAAAAGAGGAAGAAAAGUUUGCUAAAGAAGAUUUCAGAGUUUUCAAUUCUUUGCGGCGUUGAAGCUUGCCUGAUCAUUUUCGGACCCAAACAGAAAGAUGAACAAGUCAUCAAGCUGGAAGCCACCUGGCCAUCAAAUCCUGAUGAGAUUAAGAGAAUUAUAAACAAGUACAAGAAAACUGAUCAGGCAAGAAGAUGUUACCAGGUUUCUGACUACUUUGCAGACAAAAAGAAGAAAGUUGAUAUGGAGAUUUCUAAGUUGCACAAGCAAAUUUACGAAGUUCCACUGUGGGAUGUUCGUCUCGAUGGUUUCUUGGAGGAUCAAUUGCAGGUUUUGAUCGCUCAGUUAGACAAGAAAAUAGAAGUUGCAGAUAGAAAACUUGACAGGUUUCAGGAAAAUCAGAUUCUGAUGGAUGAAUUUGCAACGAGAAUGCUUUACAGUUCUCAAAUCAUGGAGAAUUACAUGAACAGAAGCAACAGUGUCAGGAAUUUUAGCAACUUUCAUCACCUUUUCUCUGAUGUGAUGCCAUUGCCCGUUAACUGUUUCCUGCCAGGGCAGAGCUCGUACAUGAUUCCAUCAAAUUCAAACUUGCAGAUUUUCUCUGAUUACCAAACGAGUAUGAGUAUAAAAUUAAUGGACAGGAACAGUUACAGCAGCAACUUGGCUAACUUGCAGCUGCAACCGUUCUCUGAUCCGAAGCCAUUGGGUGUUCAACUACAAAUGCAUUCCCAGCAAAUCCAGAGUUCUCCAGGGACUGCAACAAGUCCAAAUUUUCUGGAAGAUCUGACGACGAUGGCCAAGGAUCAGUACACCGGCAAUCAAUAUGGUGUCAGGACAAAUAGUAAUGUUCCAAGCUUUCCAAGUCUGUCUUAUCUUAACCCUUCGCCUUUGAUGUGGGACAAUGUGACAUUCAACAAUGCUGACGCUUCUUCUGGCAAUAUUGGAUCCUCCUUGCAGACAAUCCUGCCGAGAAUGCAACUUCCCAUGUCGAGUUUUUCUGAUCAGAUGAGUCAUUGUCAGGAAGACAAUUUUAGUUCUAACAUUGGAUCUGGAAAGAUAGAACGAAUCUGGAAAUAGAUGUGGGAUUUUGAAGAUGUUUUGAUUCAGAGAUAGCUUGAAGCUAGACAGCUAGUGGUUUUGGAUUUGGAAUAAUCAUAUUUAACAGCAGUUUAUUACACUGGCAGA